AUGCGGCUCUGUCGCCCGCCGCGAGCGCGGCCGCAGCUCACCCGGCCGCCGCUACACGGCCGUCGCUGCCUGCCCCGGUGCUGCGCCGCCCGCCGCGCCCGCUGGAGCCGCUCGCCCGCCUGUCCUCGCAGCGCGCUGCCCAACCAUCGCUCGCCACCCGCCGCGAGCGCGACCGCAGCUCAUCCGGCCGCCGCUGCUCGGCCACCGCCCGCCGCUCGGCGUGUCGCCGGCCACGAGCGCGACGCCCUACGCGUGUGCGGCUCCGUCGCCCGCCGCGAGAGCGGCCGCAGCUCACCCGGGCGCCGCUACUCGGCCGCCACUGCCCGCCCCAGUGCUGCGCCGCCCGCCGCGUCCGCUUGCCCGUCCGUCCUCGCAGUGCGCUACCCGAUCAUCACCCCCCACCCACCGCCGGCGCGCCUCCCGCUGCAAGUGCGGCCACAGCUCACCCUGCCGCCGCUGCUCGGCCACCACCCGCCGCUCGGUGCGCCGCCGGUCACGAGCGCGACGCCCGACGCCGGUGCCAGAGCCACGAGACCGUCGACGUGCUCCGUCCAUCCGUCGCCGUAG